UCGCCUCAUCCUUCUUCUUUACCUCUUCUUCACCUUCCACUACUUCUUCAUCCCUCUGCUUCAAUCCGAGUCAGGGCUCAGUCCCAAGCGAAGCAUUGCAUCGCCUCCAGCCAGCUCAGCUGUGACACCGUCGCGCGCCUCCAUCGCCAGCGACACUCGUGUAUGGCCCUCGACAAGAUCAAGAGCUUGCCUUCCCAUAUACUAUACUCCUUCCCCUGCUCAAGCUGGCAAUACUGUCUGCUUCCAUCUUUAGAGCCAGCUUGUUAUUCUCGUUCGUCUCGGCCGUUCGUCUCGAUCGUUCGCUUCGUUCAUUUCCAAAGGCUGCGUCGUCAUUGCGUCUGGUUCCGCCCCCACCAUCAUACCAAGGAGGUCCUUGCCCUCUUCCUCUUCUUAAUCCCCCUCUUGUGCUUCAGCUUCUCCCCCGCCUCCCUCCUCUCCGACCUACCUACAUCGUCCACUCCCAUCAGCCGCUCCUCGCCCGCUGCCGCUGCCGCUGCCGUCACCACGCCGUCCAGGACAUCCUCCUUCUCUUCCUAUCCCUCAACCACCGACUCUUCCACCGCCACCGACAGGUUGGCUACGACGCUGCCUACCACCUCCUUCACUACAUUCUCGUGGUCGGCACCCAUUGUUGAAGUCCUGGGACAAUCAUCGCACAAGCAAUAUGUCAUCUGUCAACGCCCAACAGGGCUCGGCCGCAACCAUGGCAGUAAAUGCUCGUCCAGCAGAAUCACGAGACGUGUCGAAGGCCCGGGCGGCUGCGUACUCUCACGACAACGUCUUUGCUCGCAUUCACGCCCGCGGCGAAGAUCCCGGCGCAGAUCCCGGCGCCGGUAUCGGUGGUGAUGGUCAAGCUGAGGCAGACCUUGAAGAUCUCGAGAUAUAUAUGGCCGCAUACCAACCGCCAGCUGGUCAGGGCGAUGGUACCCAGGUCGAUUCGCGGGUUCAGUAG